AUGUGGUUAAUUCUGAAGCAUGAAGAUGAAGAAUCGAAUGAAUUCGAUUUGUGCAGGGCGCCGCGGCUUGUCCGGGAAAUGUAUCAUCAUAAUCCGCAGCUAACUGAGCUUGUGCAACCAAAAGAGGAAGCAGCGCCGUCUGAGGAAGCGAAUGAAGCUGCUGCGGCAACAUGCUCUGUGCCAGCAGUUGAUACUGUGAAACAGGAAACAGAGACAACAAGUGCUUGCGAAGCGCGUACAUCAUCGUUGCCGGGCACACCGAAGUCAACCUCGAUGAAAGAGGACGAGCAGGUGCAGCUACGUCGACAGAUUGUUUCGGUUGGCAAACAACCAAAAGCUCAGCCAGCGCGUCGAAAGAAGGAUAUGGUUUGUUGUUCACAUCUCUGA